GGAUGGAAUAAAAUCUCCCACAGUGUACGGGGAAGUAGUCCAGUCAAACCAGUCGACCAAGCAACGCGGGUGGAGCGUCGCGCGAUGGUUGAUCGUCAUCUUGAUUUCCAUCUUGAUCUUGCCUUCGAAUUCGUAGAAAAUAUCGCAAAGAGUACUUAAAGAAGGCAAAGGAAGUUGAUAAUCAUGCGUACAUAGAAGAGAAAUUUUCUGGUUAAAUACGAUGUUACGAAAACUCCCGCUCCGACGACGAUCAGUACGCAACUCAAUUGGUUUGCAUCAUUGUAGACGCGCCACGUUUUCAAUUGUAAGAAAAAAGGAAGAAUCAACCACUCUCGUUGACUAUUUCCAACUUAUCUUCGGCGAAGAACAUCCUUCCGCUACUGAAAAGGAUCUCACAGCGCAAUUAGACAGGAAAAACACAAAAGAGGGAAGAGGCUUCUAUGGAAAAUUGCUAUUUACGUCUGAUAUAACGAAGAUAAACGAAGUGUCCUCUUCGAGAGAUUAUCAGAGAUAAGGUCGUUUCCGGACAUAUAUAUCCAGCACGAAGAAUUUAAAGGACCAAUUUCGCCGAGCAUCGAACGUCAUUUCAUCGCACGUGAUAAAUUGAAAAAUUGAAGUAGAAGUCCAAUCGACGGGUUGGGAUCGCGUUGCGAAGAAUAUUGUUCAAUUUACGAUUUUGGAAAAGGAACAUUAAUUAUAAUCCGUUAUAAUUAAAAUUAUGCAUGUGUGAUGAGUGCACGUGACAAAUUAACAAGUGUUUGCGAAUAAAAGUGACGAACGAAAUAAUUGAGUCACUAGAUCGAGACUAAAUAUAAAAAAAAAAAAGAAUGAAACUUAGACAAUCAAUGUUGACCAAUCCUGUUAAUCAGUGCUUAAUGAGUGUCGCAUGAACAUGCGGAAAAGACGACAGCAGUCGAGAUGAAGCUGGGAGAUAAUGUAACUAUGGAAGCUUGCAAUGUAUGGAGCGACAUGGGCUCUCCGCGAAAAUAUCGGCCACCGCGAAUUGGUGACAUUCCAAGACGUUCUGCGGUUGAUACUUCUCCUAUAAAUUCACCCCCUCCUACUAAUACAAAAGAUAUUUCUGAUACUGAACAAGUAUCCACGAAUGCGCCAGGUCCAUCAAAAAUAUUAUCGAGUCCAGAAUACAUUCAAGAAGUACGCAAAGACAGCGCAUUGUAUCUCGAAGAGGGAGAAGGUGCGUUAAAGACUCUAACACAAAGUACUACAGAAGUUCUCCGAAGACAGAGCAGUGGUUAUGUGAGUCAUCGAGACAGCUUCGAGGAUAACAGAAGAAACUCGACGACGAGCGGUGAUACACAACAACAAGAGUCUCUUUCGAAGGACAGACACAAAUCGAAACCUAUAAGUCUUGGAGUCUUAAUUAAGGAUCUUGCUGGUAGAGUGAAAGAGGAGAAUAUUGAAGAGAACAUUGAGAACGUUGAGCCAUUUGCAGAUACAGCGAAGGAGAGAAUGCCGACGACAGAAGUACACAGAAACGUGACCUCCGGCCUCGACAUGCCCAACGUAGAAGAGACAAAAGAUGCGGUCAAAGAAAAAACCCUGCCACGACAGAAGAGUUUCGAAACUCAGGAGAUCAAUGAUGGACUAACAACUCGUCUCAGCGAUCUGCAAGUGACGUCUAUUUUCAAGAACCCCAAGAUUUAUAUUCCGCUUAACAGCGGCAAAGAUGUUUCAACAGACGAGGUAACUAAGAUUCAACAAACGGUUGAUACAGUCAUCGAUCAUUCCAAGAGCAGUGAUACAAAUUUUAAGAGCGCACAUGAAGCAAAUGUGGAAACUAUUAUUGCCACAGAUAACCGGACAACAGAUUUGAGAAAAUUAUCUUUACCUGGUGAAGCGGGAUCGAGUCAACUUGAAAAAGCCAAUGUCAUCUACAAAUCUGUUCAUUCCCGCCAUUCUCACAUCAGUCCUCAUAAAUCGCCGAGGAAGUGCAUCAGAGCGCUCAAUAGGGAGUGUUCCGUUGAUAGCCAUGAUAGUCAACAACAAUUGAAUCAAUACAAAGUCUUGAAUGAGAUCGGAAAGGGUUCUUUUGGUGUCGUCAAGAAAGUUUUCAACGAAGAAGAUGACACAUAUUACGCCAUGAAAAUAGUGAGCAAGAGGAAAUUAAUGAAGAAAACAGGAAUAUUUGGAAGGAUACCUCCGCGCAGAAUAGGCGCUGAUCCUUUAGCAAAAGUUUAUAGAGAAAUUGCUAUUCUGAAGAAACUCGAUCAUCCUAAUGUCGUGAAAUUAGUCGAAGUACUCGACCAUCCCGACAAGGAUAAUCUUUAUCUAGUCUUCGAAUUAGUCCACAGAGGUGAAAUCCUUCUUAUACCUACCGACAAACCUCUAAAUGAAGUAACGGCCAGGCGUUACUUCCGCGAUGUUGUCAUGGGAGUCGAAUAUUUGCACUACCAGAAGAUAGUGCAUCGUGACAUUAAGCCAAGCAAUCUGCUGGUGGACAAGGAUAACAGGAUUAAAAUCGCUGAUUUAGGCGUCAGCACAGAAUUAAGAGAAUCUGGAGAAUUAUUGACAGGACAAGCUGGAACACCAGCUUUUGCGGCACCCGAAACAACCAUUGCCAAUGCACAAUAUUUGGGACCGCCGUGUGAUAUAUGGUCUAUGGGAAUAACGUUAUAUGCGCUUGUGUUCGGAGAUCUUCCUUGGCGCGCUUCCGAUAGUACAAACAUUCAAGAGAUUGUUCGUUCAAAACCGCUCGUAUUUCCCAACAAUCGCUUAUCUCCAGAACUGCGAUCUCUAAUUGAAUGUAUGUUGGAUAAAUCACCGGAAACGAGACUCACGCUUCCGAAGAUGAAGAUGCAUUCGUGGUUGACAAACAAUGGAACUGAACCAUUGCCGGCUGAAGCCGAUAAUUGCCGCCUGCGAGUCACCGUCACUGAAGAGGAAGUUAUAAGGCUCGGUACUCUGCUUCUCGUCAAGAAUAUGCUGAAACAGCAUAGCUUCCAAAAUCCAUUCUUGCCUAAGCGGCUUGAUCGGACAGUGGAUAACAAUACAGAAAUCACCAACACGGAAUCCUCAGCGGCAAAAACAAAAGGUGACGUACAAAGAGAUGCAAAAGCAGAACGUUUUCACGAAGCUGGGAGAAGCAAUUCCGCGCCGGAUUCCUACGAUUGGCAUACAAACAGACAAUUAUCACUGGAAAAUCCUUUAUCGCCUGUAACGGAAACCGAAAGAAGAUAAAAUCAAUAUCGAUAAAAAAACCAUCCAUCGUCGAUAUCACGAAUCAUCUCGAUCAAAUGAGCUGAUGUCACAUAGAAGAUAUCAUUUGGGAAUGAUCUUUGAUCGCGAUCCAGCAAUCCAACAUGAUAUCAAAGGGCGAAAUCAUCGAAAGAACCUAUGAAAAAUUAAUCUUCUAGAGAACCGUCGUUAUCGAUUUUAUUCUUAUAUUGUCAAAAUCACGGAGCAUUGCUUUCGAUUUUGCAGGUAAGAACUCCGUGAAUUAUUUAUAAAUAUACAGAAAUUCCUAAUUGAUUGAGGGCUGACAAAA